AUGGCAAUAACAGCAGCAGCAGCCUUCAAUCUUGUUCUUAUAAAUGACCAAACCCAAAGCCCAACUUUCUUAAACAAGAAUAAUAUUGGUGAUCAUCAACUGCUUGUAGAUUCUGCAAUAUUUGCACAACCACCCACCUCUCUCUUCACUAGUCAAACACAGCCAAGGAGGUGUCAGAUCAGUUGCAAGAAGACUAAAUGGUUCAAGAAAUUUGUUGAUGCAUUGGAGUGUUUAAGCAUUGAGGAGAUCAAUGAUCCAGCUAGACAGUGGCAUUGUUCGGCAUGCGGCCGCGGUGGUACCAUCCAACGGUACCUAGGCGUGCAGACACUGAUGCAGCAUGCGAAAGGCGCAGGAUCAACGAGGGUGAGGCUCCACCGAGAACUUGCACAGCUAUUGGAACAGAGGUUGCAUAAUCAUAAUGAUGAUCAACACCCAACUUCUGCUAAAUGGAUAGCUCUUAAACAAGAGAAGAAAGAUCACAACAUAGUGUGGCCUCCUAUGGUUCUCAUAUAAAGAAAUGGUAGUGAAUGGAAUCAAGAAAAUGAGGCAUGGGAUUUUGUGGUUGAAAAGAAGAGUUGCAGAGCAACAAAGAGAAGCUAAAGAUGUUGAAGGGAAGCUGCAGAGAGCAAUCAAGGAAAUGGAUAUUCUGAGACGUAAGGCCAAGGAGCAGCAUCAACAGAGUAUAGAAGAGUUGGUUGGGAUUUCAAGAGAAUUUCUACAAGGACCAAAUCAGGAACAUUCUUCAACCAACACCACCCAAAGAUGCCAAUUUAGAAAAUGCAGAGCAAGAUUAUUUGGAGCUGUCGGUGCAAACGGUUUAAAUAAAAAUGACGCUGAUCAGUGUUUUUUAUGGCC